GCAGCAGGCGACUCCACUACAACAUCCGGGACAUUCAUCAGUUUCACAUGUCAGUUGGUUCAGCUGUCAAGAUUUUCCUGCAAGUGAAGAAGCUUCGGCAGCUACUCUGGUCCUAACUGUAUCUUUCGAGAGAAAAGAUGGCGCUGAUGGGAAUUCAGCUGGUGGUCAGCUUGCUGGCAGCCAGCAUAAUGCAGAGGAUGGCUCCACAUUACUCAUUUGCGCGCUGGCUCCUCUGCAAUGGCAGUUUGUUCCGGUUCAAACACCCAUCAGAAGGAGAGCUGUGUGCACUGGCAGGGAAGCAGAUGCCCAAGCAGACCAGGAGAGACAGGAGACAGAACGGGGAGAGCAAGCCUCUCACUGUGCCCAAAGACAUCGACCUUCACCUGGAGAAAGCUCCAGUCAACGCCAUGGACGCGCUCGUGCUGCGUUUUUUCCUGGAGUACCAAUGGCUGGUAGAUUUUGCAGUCUAUGCAAUGGGUGUCUUCCUGUUCACUGAGUGCUACUACAGUGUUGUAGAUGCCAGCAAAGAGGUCAAUAUCGGAGCCAUCUGGUGUGUCCUGACUGUUCUUUUCAGUCUAAAGUCCCUUCACACUCUGAUGAGCCACUACUUCCGCUCUGAAGAGGGCGGUGAGCGCUCGGUGUGCCUCGCCUUUGGCUUUCUGUCUCUGCUCGUGGCCAUGCUGGUGCUGGUGGUCCGUGAGGACUACCUGGAGUUCGGCCUGGAGUCAGGCUUUUCCAACCUCUUUGACAACUUGGAAGUCUUUGCCAAACAGCAGGGCUACGCUGACUGGUCAAUCCCAGUGACCAAGCUGACCGUGAAGCUCGGUCUGGCUGCUGUCUGUGCUUACAUCGGUGCUCUCCUGGCCUUCCCCGGCCUGCGACUAGCUCAGACUCAUCUAGACGCUGUACAGUUGAACUCAGACCGCCCACUCAUCCAGAUUCUGCUGCACAUGAGUUUCUUGUCUCCAGUCAUUGUGUUGGUCCUAUGGGUGAAACCCAUUGCAAGGGACUUCCUUGCCAAUGCACCGAUGGGGAAGACCUCGGUCACAAUAGUUUCCAGUGAAACAUUUGACAGCAUGCGCCUGUGGAUCAUCUUGGUGUUGUGCGUGCUGCGUCUAGGAAUGACUCGUUACCACAUGCAAGCCUACCUCAAUCUGGCUCAGAAGUGGGUGGAGCAGAUGAAGAAGGAGGUGGGACGUAUCGCUGCGAUUGACAUUCAGAGGAAGGUCACUCGUAUCUUUUGCUACCUGACUGUAGUUACUCUCCAGUAUCUGCUUCCUAUACUUCUCAUCCUCUUCUCCACACUGGCCCUCAAGGCACUAGGGGACUUCUCCUGGAGCCCGGGUGCAGAGAAGCCUCCCGGGGUGACGCCGGCACUGGUCAUGCCCACAGCAGCACCUGUGCUUCCCGGUGGUCUCGAUGAAGAUGAAGAGGGGGUGGAGGACAUGGAAGAGGACAUCCAGGCCACGGUGGCACGCCUGUCGGAGGCCUUCACAGCACUGAGGUCCGUCCUCACUCCACUUUUCUUCCGGGGUUUCUUCGCCUUCCUCACUUGGUGGGUCGCUGCCUGCCAGGUCAUCAGCUCUCUGUUUGGUAUCUACUUCCACCAGUACCUUAUGCAGAACUAACUGAGGAAAACAAAGUGCCGUACUGUUCUACCUGCAAUGCAGCCGCAUUGGGGACAUUUCAUGAAAAACACACAACUACUGACAGUAUGCGCCUUGUGACUGUAAUAGGCGUUUUGAUCAAGGUUUGCUCAGAGCAGACAGGCAUUGUCUGUUCCAAUAUUGACCUUGCUGCCCUUAUGACAUUUGGCGACCAGCAGGCUACUGGUAUCAGUAACACAAAUUACAGAGAGAAGUGGGGGCCUGUAUCGCAACGCAAGUUCAUAUUAGCCUGUCUGUCUUUGGGUCACCUUGCUUCACUAAGUCUGACAUUGGCAAUCCUUGUUAACUGGUAUCACAAAGGUGGUUACUCUGGGUUUUACCGAUCAAGCUACAGGUGCGUUCACAUCACAGAGACAGAGUUCUUAAUUACAUGCAACAUCAAAAGACAAAGGAGUGGAGAACUUAACUAGACACAGUGAUAGCCACAGGGAUAUUCGGUUGGUAUAGGUCAAAGGAAGCUGUACAAAUCAUUUCCAAAUCGUUAAUGUCGGGCUGUAAAUACGUGUAAGAAUUCUGCCUUUUUAUAUUUGUUUGGCAUUUUCACCAUGUUCAGUAGUCUAGAUAAAGUUACAUUUUGGUGAUACACCUAAAAACGCUUAAAGGAAGGCUCUUUCUGCAGCUAAGACAGAGAAGAAAAGUGCAAUGAUGUGCGCAAUUACUGUAAUGAGCAGCUAUAACAGCUAUUCAUUAGGCUGUUCAUGUAGCCAAAUGUUUAUUAAAAUGUAUUAAUUUAAUUUAACAUUUUAAACCCUGAGUGGACACAGCUGUACAAAAACAAUUUCAUAUAAAAAGAUUUUAUAGUUCUAUUAAAAAAGUGAGUGUUCAUUGAGGGAUUCAUGACACCAGAAAACAAGAGUUAAGCCCAAGACACCCAGUUCAACCACUCAUCUCGCUUUCGGAUACAGGCCCCUGGUCAUCUUCCGGCUACUUAAAUUGCCGAAAAAUGUUCCACUUUUCAGAUGCCAGUGUCACCUGAAUUGUUAUUAAUAAAACUGUGUUUAAUGCUGCAUAUAAGUGUUUAAUUGGUACCAGGGUAAGUAUUAGUACUUAAUCCCUGUGUAGAUAAGACGUUUUAUUUUUGCGAGGGACUCUUUGUCCCCCUUAAGGAACCGAUUCAAGAGUGCUAAAUGUUAUUUUUUUGUUAUCUGUUUCUGCUGUUUUGAGUGCAAAUAAGUAGAAAAGCUCAGCUGAAGGUGAAUCACAGUUGUGGCUGUGGACGUGUAUUAGCCAAGAAUUGGUGAGCUGUUUCUUUUAUCUAAAGAUUUUCCUACAGUAUUCCUAAGUGCCUGGGAGCUCAGGGAUUUUGAGUGGAUUUAAAGUCUCCUUUCUCCCUGAUCAAGAUAUUUAGAACCGAUAUAACUUGUUAAUAGAUAAAAUUAACACUCCAAACACAUUUCACACGUUUGUCUUUUUUAUUUUUACACACUGACAACACGUCUUUUUAGGUUUUACUGCUUUUGUAGCCAGUCAGUCAUGUACAUGUAUGAUUAAUAAAAGCUCAGCUUAGAUCAGUUUUGCGGCAGUGGAUUUUUAUUUAUUUAUGAUGCAAAGUUUCAUAACAUUUUUUUCGAAUGAUACAGAUGCUGCAUUUCUGUACAUUUUGUAUUCUGGGUUUUUUUUGUGUGUGUUGGUGUAUUUAAAUUGAAUGUUUUGAAAUCAUUAUACUGUGAGGUUCAUAUGAAAAUGUUGCUCUUUGAGAUCUUCUGAAUGCAUGGUGUGCAAACUUUUGGCUGUAACAUGAAUAUUUUGUUUGUGUGGCUCAAUAAAACACUUCAUUAUUU